AUGGAUAACUUUGAAAAAAUCAAUGGUAAUAUGUAUUUUCCUAACGAACAACUUCCACCUGCUAAUGUAUAUGAUUAUAAUACUGCGAUUUACGAUGAUAAUAGCUGCGAAGUUUUCUAUCCUUUGUAUCUACCAGAAUACAAUAAUGAUAUUACAUAUGAAAUACCUUAUUACGAAAUCCCAUGCCAGGAGAAACAGGGUGAAAAGGAAAAGGUUAUGAUCGAUAUACGUAAAGAGAAAUUGGAGAAGGAAAAUGAAAAGUUACGAAAGAGAAUCGAGAUUCUUGAAAAUAAUAUUGAGAAAAAGAACAAGAAUAAUGAUAAACAGGCCGAUUAUAUUGAAGAGCAUCAACAGGGACCCGGUAAUAAAAAAGUUUAUGAAGAUAAUAUUAAGUUUAAAGAACGAGGAUCUAAUAAUAAAGAAGUUUAUAAAGAGAAUGUCAAGUUGAAAGAAGAGAUUUAUUUUUUCAAAGAAACAAUUUCUGGAAUAGAAGAGGGGAACAAGAGAAAAAAAGAAACAGAUUCUUGGGUUUCAGAUUACGACUAUGAUUACGAGAUAAAUAAUCAUAAGAAA